GGCAUGAACGUGUACAACAACGUGCACGAUUUUUUGCGUACCAACAAAACUCCGGUAUUGAAAUCGAGCAGUCCAAACAUUUUCUACACAAAAUUACCUGAACAUCAUCGCUCCAACAAAUCACUGCCGUCUCCGUUUACCGUACUCAUUACGUCGCCGGUGCCAGACGGAACAAUCGUGACUGUGGCAGCCGGAAAUGACGAGACUCCAUCUGGUGAGGUGCGCCAUGAGACGGCGAAGGUCAUUCGACAGGUAGCACGCUUCACUGACCUGCGGUUCGUCGGCAAGAGUGGUCGAGGUUAG